GACGUGCGGCCGCCAUCUUCCGUCCCGGGCAGCCAGCGCCAGUCGGAGCCAGCGCGAGCCGCCGCCACCAUCACUGCCGCUGCCAAGUCCUCCGCCCGUUGCCCCCGCCAUGUCUGCUACCGCUGCCACUGCCCCCACUGCCGUCCCGGCUGGGGAUGGUGGCCCCCCUGCACCCCCUCCAAACCUCACCAGUAACAGGAGACUGCAGCAGACCCAAGCCCAGGUGGAUGAGGUGGUGGACAUCAUGAGGGUGAACGUGGACAAGGUCCUGGAGCGGGACCAGAAACUAUCGGAGCUGGAUGACCGCGCGGAUGCACUCCAGGCGGGGGCCUCCCAGUUUGAAACAAGUGCAGCCAAGCUCAAGCGCAAAUACUGGUGGAAAAACCUCAAGAUGAUGAUCAUCUUGGGAGUGAUUUGCGCCAUCGUCCUUAUCAUCAUCAUUGUUUACUUCAGCACUUAAAUCCCCAGGAGUCUGCCCUGCCUAGAGAAGGGCCUCUCCCCCACCCCCAGCCGUUCCUCCACCUCUCAGCCAUAUCUUUCAGCCCCUCCCCCCUGGAUCCGUAUGUGUGUGUGUGUCCCCGUGUGUGUGCCCCUUUGUAAAUAGCCAGCUGUUAUUUAUACAUAUAUAAUAUUAUAUAUAUUUGGUCUGUUUGUAGUUUUAUUACUAGAA